AUGAACCUUGGAAGUCACUUAAAACCUCCAAUCUGCAAUCUCGCCGCCUUCCAGAGCUCCAACAGGAAGCUUCAAGCUCCCAGAACCCAAAUUGACCAACCACUAGUCCCGGGCUCGUCCCAGCGCUUCCUAGACAAGUCCCGCUCAUUGACAGCCGACUGUCUUACAUACGAUCUAGAGGACAGUGUAACACCACACAUGAAAGCAGAAGCUCGCAACCUCGUACGGAAAGCAAUCGACCAACCUUCACCAACCGGGAUCCGUGAACGAGCCGUACGGAUCAACUCCGUAGACAGCGGACUCGCGCUCGGCGAUUUGACCGAAGUGCUCAAAUCGCCAAACUUGACUACCAUCGUCAUUCCCAAAGUCAACUCAGCUUCUGAUUUGACAUUUGUGACAGAUGUCGUGAACCACACACUCGCGCAGCGAGAGCAAGGAGAGAGAACGCCCAUCUCACUCCUGGCUCUAGUCGAAUCAGCCAAGUCUCUCACGAACCUAUCACAGAUAUGCGCUGCCUCGCCGCUGCUGCAGGGACUGAUUUUCGCGGCCGAGGACUUCGCUUUGGAUUUGAGUAUUACGCGAACCCCCUCUUUGACGGAGUUCCUGUUUGCGCGCUCUGCUAUCGCCACUGCGGCGCGGGCUGCGAAUCUGCCUUCAACUAUUGACCUCGUUUGCACGGCUUAUAAGUCCGAGAAGGGGGAUGGACCCCCGGCUGUGCUGCAGGAGGAAUGUCGGGAUGGUAGACGGCUCGGCUUUAAUGGUAAACAAUGUAUUCAUCCUACCCAGGCGAAGGUUGCAGAUGAGAUCUUUGGGCCGGAUGCUGCGGAGACGGAGUGGGCUAUGCGGGUUGUGGUAGCAGAUGAGAAGGCUGCUCGGGCCGGAAGGGGUGCUUGGACUCUUGACGGGAAGAUGAUUGAUGUCCCUGUUGCGCAAAAGGCAAAGGCUAUUGUGAAGAAGGCGCAUACUUGUGGAGUUGAUAUUGAUGCCCUGAGGGGGAAGUGGGAGCAUCAGGAGCCAGAGUAA